AUGGCAUCCGAAAUUACGCCAAAUAGCUUUCUAACCACCACAGGUUCUCCAUCAGACCAAAAGACGACAGUCUUCUUCAUCUCCGGCAACCCGGGUCUGAUCGGCUACUACCACCCAUUCCUCUCUCUACUCGCGAGGUAUCUAGACGAGCCAAGAGAGGAACAUUCAACAAGCCGAUCAUCAUUUCAAAUCUACGGUUGUUCUCUUGGUGGCUUUGAAAUCAACGAGCAGCCCUCAGCGUCACCGAACAACGUCAUUGAUCUCAGCCUGGAAGAUCAGAUCUGCUUUGCUCAGGGAAAGCUCGCUACCCUGAUGGGAGAUGAUGGCAACGGUAACGCUGAAAGUAAAAAUACCGUGGAUGCCGGAACCAGAAAAAAAGUCAUCCUGAUCGGACACUCCGUUGGCGCAUAUAUCGCCAUGGAAAUCCUCAGACGACACCGCGAAGCGAGUCCCGCAAGUACCUUCGAUAUCGUCGGCGGAGCGAUGCUCUUCCCGACUGUCAAGGAUAUCGCCGCGUCGCCUUCAGGACAGAAAUUGACGACUCUACUUUCGAUCAUUCCCCGUCUUGCUGUGGUGGUUAGUUUCUUCGCAAGACUACUUACAUUCCUACUUCCGACAUCGUUUCUUCGAUCUGUCGUUCGGCUGGUCAUGGGUGAUCCCCCCGUUCAUGCAUUGGACGCUACGUGUGCUUUUUUGAAGAGUCGGGGUGGGGUACGGCAAGCUUUACAUAUGGCUGCCGAUGAAAUGCGGACUAUCACUUCGGACAAAUGGAGUGAUGAUGUUUGGGGCGCUGCGUCGGCACGUGAGCCUAUCGCUAAGCUGUUUUUCUACUUUGGUCGUAAUGAUCAUUGGGUAGCUGAUCAGACCAGGGAUGAUAUUGUUGCGGUGCGUGGGCAGAAGGGAGGACAGGCUGGGCCGACUAUGGUUGUUUGUGAGGAGGGUUUGCCACAUGCCUUUUGUUUGAAACACAGUGAUGUGAUGGCGCAAAAAGUUGCGGGGAUGAUUAGGCAAAUUGUUAUCUAA